UUUCUUUUCAUGCCUCCGUUUCAUGCAUUGCCAUAGUUCAUUUCAAUCAAUGUUCUGUUAUUACUUGUUUGUAUCUGUAAAAGUUUCUUUUUUUGUUUCAUGCUGUAGAAAAUUUGCAUUUUGGGUUUUUUCACAUUACAUUUCUUGAUUUUUUUUUUGUUCUAGUUGAUGACGAUUCUGUCUGAUAAUCAAAUGGGUCCUAUAUGGUGUUUUUUUUUUCCUCCCCUCAAAUGUGUCGACAGUUAAACACAUCACAUUUUAACUAGGAGGAACUUGUGCCCUCUGAUAGGGACUUAAUAUUUUUCAUGUUCAUCAUUUGUUUAAUACUUUUUCAUGUUUAUCAUUUGUCUUUUUUUCUAUCUUACAUGAUGUGGACUCAUAGCAAUCUUUUCUCCCCAUUUAUACCCUGAUGAUUCACUUGUUCUUUCUUCAAUACAAAAUCAUUUGAUCCUCUCUUAUGCUUUUAGAGAGAGAUUACAUAUUUUAUAGCAAACCCAAAUUGAUUCAUGAUUUUGUUACCUUCCUGCUUAGACUUAGGCCUUAAAUUGUUGAUGCUGUUGUCAAAUUGGAAUCAUCCUGGGCAAACGUUCAGCUCUAUGAUAAUAUGCUUAUGAGAACUUGAAACCAUUGGAAAAAUAUUGAAAUUGGUGUGUGAACUUGGAGAAGAAAAUGAAAUGGUAUUUUCUGCAGAUGUUCUCAUCACCUGAAGGAAGGAAAAUAUUGCAGGUUGUAGUCACAAUGGGUGGAUGCGUCUCAACAGCCAAUAGAAGAACAAGAUCAUAUAGGAAACACCUCCGCAAAUCUGCCAAACGCCGUAGAAAGAUUUCCACUUCUAUUCCUGAUGCACCUAUCAAACGGUUUAGUGAUUCUACAAUAGGAGAUUAUACCCUUAGCGAGUAUGUUCAUCUUGAUUUUGAGAAGGGUGCUGCAACUACCUGCAGAAGAUCUGAAGCUUCUAACAAGACUUUCCAUCAUACACAGCUACAAUGGAACCAUAGCCAAAUUGAUGCAAAAGGAAUAUGCCAAGAGGAAGUAUGGUUUGAUUCUGUCAGUAUUAUGGACUCAGAUUCAGAUGAUGACUUCAGUAGUGUGCAUGGAGAUGGUUUUUCUUGUGUUGGUAGUACAAUUGGGCAAAAACCAAGCACUCAAUUGCUUCAGUAUGGAACUGCAUCACGCAUCUUAGAUACUGGAAGCAAGUAUGAGGGGUUCUAUGAAAGUUACCUGAAAAUAGAUGGAGGGGUUCCUAAAGGUGAUGACAUUGCUACGAAGACAAAGAAAGUUGUUGAUGAUCCUUAUGGAAGUUUCAAAGGUCUUAAAGAGCUCACUUGUGACUCUGGAGAGAAAGUUCAAGAAAAUAGAAGGAAAUCAACAGUUAUUAUGGUUUCUUUAAAGAGGAAAUCCUGUGAUGGAGACGAAAAGACCCAAUUCUCUGGUGCAGCUGGGAGAUUGUUAUAUCGCCCGAGAGCAGGAUUUCAAAUUCCAAGUUCAAAAGGGGAGAAGCCUACUCCAGGAUGUUGGGCUGAGGUUUCACCUUCGGUUUUUAAACUUCGGGGCGAGAAUUAUUUCAGAGAUAAGCAGAAGUCCCCUGCUCCAAAUUUCAGCCCCUAUAUACCAAUGGGUGCUGAUUUAUUUGCAUGCCCACGAAAGAUAAAUCAUAUUGCUCAACACCUUGAGCUUCCUUAUGUGCAACCACAUGAGAAUGUGCCAUCACUUCUAAUUGUUAACAUACAGCUUCCCACUUAUCCUGUUGCCAUGUUCCAAGGUGAUUGUGAUGGGGAAGGCAUGAGCCUUGUAUUAUAUUUUAAACUAUCUGAGAAUUUUGACAAGGAGACCUCUCCUCACUUUCAAGACUCCAUCAAGAGACUGGUUGAGGAUGAUAUGGAGAAGGUUAGAGGAUUUGCAAAGGAGUCAACAGUUCCUUUCAGAGAAAGGCUAAAAAUUCUGGUAGGGUUGGUUAAUCCAGAGGAUUUGCAGUUGAGUUCUACAGAAAGGAAGCUUAUACAAGCUUAUAAUGAUAAGCCAGUACUUUCGCGCCCUCAGCACGAAUUCUAUAGGGGACCUAAUUAUUUGGAGAUUGACCUAGAUAUACACCGUUUCAGCUACAUAUCUCGGAAAGGACUCGAAGCAUUCCGAGAGCGUAUGAAGGAUGGGAUAGCUAAUGUGGGCUUAACUAUUCAGGCACAAAAGCCAGAGGAACUGCCAGAGCAAGCUCUGUGCUGUGUGCGUUUGAAUAAGAUUGAUUUAGUUAAUCAUGGCCAAAUACCUACCAUUGUAACUAGGGAUGACUGAUUUUAAUAGAGAAGCCCUCUGCAGCAGAUAGUUCUGGCAUACAAAUCAAUCAAGAUUGAGGAGAUGCAUUUUGUAGAAACCAGACCAUCAUCACCAGUACUGAUGGCAAAAAUAGAAGAAAAUUCUUUUUUUUUUUUUUAAUUUUUUUGAAUAUAAAAGUGGAUUCUUAAUUUUAUCCACGAAGAACUGUAUUAUUUUUCUUUAUCAUCAUGAUAAUGAAGGUUGCAAGAACAGAGGAUUGGAGAUCAAA